UAGUUGACCUAUAUAUCCAUAAUCCAUCUUUCUUUAAACUACUUCCCUCAAAAUAAAUUUCACAUGAAUAAAAUAAUAGGUUUCUAUUUCUUGCAGUUAAUACCCAAAGUCUCAUGUGGUUUAACUAUUCACUGAGCAGGAAGGGAAAAGUCUUCCCUUAACCAUUUUUUGUAUUUUUCACUCAACUUGCUCCAAACGCGAUUCCCCUGCUUUAUAAACCAACUCAACCCCAAGCCUUUUGAGAAACACAACAAACCAAAUUCAUAGACGCACUCAGAACAGAACCCCUCAAACAGAAACAAAGCAAAACGCACACUGUAGAGUAACUUAGGGAGAAAAUAAAAGUAAUAUUCUAAUUCUACACACACAAAAGGUGGGGGUGCAGAAUAAGUAAUUAGUGGGUUGCAAUAGCAUAAACAUGGAUAAAGAGAGAUUAACGGCUGAGAUGGAUUUCAAAGACUCAUCGUCCGCCGUAAUCAAAAUCCGGCGACGGUUACCGGAUUUUCUACAGUCGGUGAAACUGAAGUAUGUGAAGUUAGGCUACGGCUAUUCAUGCAACUCAACAACUAGUCUCAUUUUCGCACUCGUGGUUCCUCUCUUGCUCUUUCUCACAGUUCAAUUCCAACUCACCGAUCUGAAACUCCACCGUUUUUCACGGCUCUGGUUAAACCACACCGUCCAACUCGACACCGACACGGCCUUUGGUUUAAUCGUGCUUCUCUUUCUCUUCGGUUUAUACUGGGCAAAAAGAUCUCCAACAAUUUAUCUGGUGGAUUUCGCUUGCUACAAACCGGAGAAACAACAGAAAAUGGCGGUGGAGUCGUUCGUAGAGAUGCUGGAAACCAGUGGCAGAUUUGAAGAAAAAUCACUUGAAUUCCAGCGACGGAUAUUAUCGAGAGCAGGUUUAGGUGACGAAACAUACUUGCCAAAAGGAGUAAUGACGCGUCCACCGAAUCUAAGCAUGAAAGAAGCGCGUUUGGAAGCAGAAGAUGUAAUGUUUGGAGCAUUAGACGCACUUUUCGAGAAAACAGGUGUUAAUCCUAGAGACGUUGAUAUUCUUGUGGUUAAUUGUAGUUUGUUUAAUCCAACACCUUCACUUUCUGCUAUGAUUGUGAAUCACUACAAAUUGAGAACAGACAUUAAAAGCUAUAACCUUGGAGGUAUGGGUUGUAGUGCGGGUCUUAUUUCAAUUGAUCUUGCUAAAGAUCUUUUAAAAGCAAAUCCAAAUUCAUAUGCUGUGGUUGUGAGCACAGAGAAUUUAACCCUUAAUUGGUAUUUUGGAAAUGACCGUCCUAUGCUUCUAUCUAAUUGCAUUUUCCGAAUGGGUGGGGCCGCUAUACUUCUAUCUAAUAAAUCAUCGGAUAAAACCCGGUCCAAGUAUAAGUUGGUUCACACGGUUCGAACCCAUAAGGGAGCCGAUGAUAAGAGCUAUAAUUGCGUUUACCAAAGAGAAGAUGACACUGGGAAAGUUGGUGUUUCUUUAGCCAGGGAAUUAAUGGCCGUUGCUGGAGAUGCUUUGAAAACUAAUAUAACAACUUUGGGACCAUUGGUUUUGCCAUUUUCUGAGCAGUUGAUGUUUUUUGUGACUUUGGUUAGGAGGAAAGUCUUGCGUUUGAGCAUUUCUGUAUUCACGCUGGGGGAAGAGCAACCAUACACACCAGAUUUCAAGCUGGCAAUUGACCAUUUCUGUAUACAUGCUGGGGGUAGGGCGAUUUUGGACGAGUUGCAGAAGACUCUUCAACUCACUGAGUGGCAUAUGGAGCCGUCUCGGAUGACGCUUCAUCGUUUCGGGAACACUUCGAGUAGUUCACUUUGGUAUGAGUUGGCUUACGCUGAGGCUAAAGGUAGGGUUGUGAAAGGGGAUCGAGUUUGGCAAAUAGCAUUUGGGUCAGGUUUUAAGUGUAACAGCGCAGUGUGGAAGGCCGUGCGUGACGUGCCAGUCGUGGGAGAUUGGCAAGGUAACCCUUGGAAUGACUCUCUUCAUCACUAUCCCGUUACUGUCCCUAUUUCUAUUUCUACUUCAUCUUAAAAUUUGGUGUUUUCUUCUUAUUAUUAAUUGUAUCAAAAAAACUAGUAUAUUGUUAAUUAUUGUUAUAUUUUAUUAGUAAUUGUGAGUUAAUUAUUGAAAUUCACUGCUCUCUAAAAUACAUUAAAGUUAUGAAA